UGAUGACAUCCCGGACACAAAAAUACUCAAGUAGUUUCUGUUGUAAUUUUAUUAAUUUUUAGCAUUUUAUGAAUAAAUUGACUGGACUUACUGGUACACGCAUAUUAAAAAAUAUGGCAUCUAAACAUUGCAAACCGUGUAAUACUCUAGGAUUGACCCAAAAAGCAUAUCGAUGGUGUACCGAAUGUGGAGAAGCACUGUGUUCUGAAUGUACAGAGUCUCACAAAGAUCUAAACAUGUCUCGACAUCACCAUUUGGUAGAGAUAGAUAAAAUACCGAAAACAAUUAAUCUAUCCAAUAAUUGUUCAAAGCAUCAACAUUUGCCUUUUGACUAUUUUUGUGUUGAUCAUGAUGUAAUAUGUUGUAAGGAAUGUUUGCUAAAAAAUCAUCCAGCAUGCAAGAACAUCACAUCCAUUGAUAUUGCAUCAAAGAAUUCUAAACAAUCACAGUCGUUCCUGGAUUCUGAAGAACAGUUGCGCUCUAUCUUAGAAGCUUUAGAAAAAUUAAUUAACAAUCGCAAGGAAAACUGUAGUCGAUUAGAACAAGAAGAAACAAAAAUUCUGAAACAAAUAGCAACAAUUAAAAAAAAUAUCAACAGCCGUUUUGAAUCUUUAAAAGACUCACUUCUAAAGCAAUUAUCCGAACUGAAAGGAAAAUACGAAGCAGGUAUAAAACGACAAGAGAAAGAUCUAGGUGACUUGGUAACAUCUACAAAAGCUGUCAAGGAGGAAUUGACAUUUGUAAGAGAUUACGGUUCUGAUAAACAAGCGUUUGUUUCAAUUCAUUCAUCCAAACCAAUCCUAGAUGAGAUGGAAUACAAAGUUGAGCAGCUAAUCGAAUCAUUUGAAGACGUAACUCUUGUGUUCGUCGAAAACCUCUCAAAGAAAAAAAUUACAGAUCUCGGAUCAAUAGAAAUGAAGGAAACACCUCUUUCUUUUCUAUUCAUCCCAUAUAAGCAGCGGCAGGCACAGGUUCCAGUCGUUGGGAAACGUCAAAUUUCAUCAUUCACCCAUCUCUAUGACAUUGACAUGAAAGGAGAAAAGUUGGACGGAGUAACUGGAAUGACGAUAUCAGAUAAUAACACAUUGAUUUGCUGUGAUUUAAAUACGAGAAAGAUUUAUUUUUGUGAUGAAUACGAUAUCUAUCAAUCAUCUAUUAAGUCUCCAUAUGAACCAUGGGAUAUAGCAGCAAUACCAGGAACAGAUAGUGCUGUUAUAUCUGGUAGAAAAAAUCCUUAUAUACAGUUCCUAGAUACCGGAAGACGUAUGAUAUCCAAGAAGGUAAAAAUGGAACAAAGCGGAAGUGGUGGUAUUGCUGUAACCAAAGAUAACAUAUUCGUAACAAUUCUACGCAAAAUUCAGGUCCUAGACUUGAAUGGAAAAUUGAAAAGAACAAUAAGUCUAGAACAAGAAAAGAAUAUAAAUUGGUACAUUUCUGUUUGCCCAAGUGGGAACAUUUGUUAUUCGAGUGAAAAUGCAGUUCAUUGCAUUACAUCAGAUGGGUGUCCUGUUUUUUCCUAUGCUUCAUCCGAUCUUCGUUAUGCAAGAAAUACGAUAACAGAUGAUUCUGGCAAUAUAUACGUCUUGGAUUACUAUUCACGUAACAUUCAUAAACUUACAUCUACUGGAACUUUAGUUGACAAUAUAUUCAAUGAUAAUUUGUCCGGACCUCUUGUGUUUUGUUUCAGUAAAGACUUGUCCAAACUUUACAUUGCAAAUGGAUUUGGAACCAAAAUCUCAGUAUUCACAACAAAUUAAUUACAUCUUUUGUGCGUUGUGAACAUACAUUUUUAAAUGUGUCAACAAAUAUAACAAACUAUAAUCUUACUUCUAACGUGUAAUACCUUCAAAUCAUAGUACAUCAUAUCCGGUUUCAUAUGAUAAAGGGUCGAAUAAAAAUUCCUUUGAUUUUGACAGUUGUUAGAAAUUAACCCUGCAUUUCAUUGCAGAAAAAAACAUAUUUCUUGGGUGUUUAAAAGCCCCAAUCUUUUUUUAUUUGCUAUAAAAAAAAAAUUUGGAAACUUCAGGUGACAUGGUUACUAAAGUUGUUAACAGGAAAACAAGGGAUGAAAAUUUGAUUGGUUUACUUCCAGUGAUGUUUAUUAUCUGAUAUGCAAUGAAAUGUUAUGAGAAAUGUUCACUAUAGUACUUGACAGGAUAAAACGUUACUCAUGCAAAGUAUUUCUUUAUUUGAAACAAACUGGUAAAUUCAGCACAAUUUUUUGAAAAGUGCCAAUUGAACAAAGACUAAUUGGGGAAAAUCAAUCUGUUGGUAUUACUCCUAAAUGGGAAGCUGCAUAUGCACGUUUGACAUUGUAUGUACUCUAUAUUUUUUUUUAAAUUUCAUGGUAUUCCGAUCAAAUAUAGCAAACUUGAAAUAUUCUGAGUGCAUUGAGCCUCAAAAACACAUUUAAGGGGAAAUUGCCUUGAAAUAGGGCUAUACCAUGAAUAUGAGUACCGGUAGUCAAAGCAAGCCAUACGCUGUGUUUUGGGGAGCUUUUUCUGACUUUUUCUCCUAGUUUCCUAUAUUGGGCUGUACAACAAUAUUGUUUCCGAAGUAAAACUUGAAGAAAUAUACAAGAAUAAGUAAAUGAAAUGUUUUUUGAAGCAGAAACAACAAACUACUUACUUAAAGGGAACCAUUCUAUGUACCUCUCUGGAACGGGGCGUAAAUUUAAGUUUUACGUAAGGACUUAUUGAAAUCUCCAUGGAGUCGGUAAACUUUUAUACGGAUAGUUCAUUCAGCUUAAACACUUCAAUUACUCAUUUAUUAUCACAUUUCUUACAUAAAUAUGUGAAAGUUACCCUAAAAUUUUGAUUUAUUAGCCUAAGAAGUAAAUGUUUUGAGAGAAUGAGAGAUAUAAUUGGACCAUAAGGGACUUUAUAAUAAAGACAAAGAGGUACAUUAGAGGUUUUCAUCAUCUUAGAGUCAUCUUUUGUAUCAUAUUCAACUGUUUUUAUGCA